GCUUUGAAAAGCGUUCGAGCGUUCUUUUCAUCACAUCCAUCCAUCACGACCAUUCGGUUCGUCCCAUUUAAGUGCUCCAAUCUCGCGGUCCGGUUCUUGCAGCGCAGUUUUAUAUCACGCCAAAACCAGUGUCGUUCUCGAGUGCGUGAAUGUGCGUGCGUGAUUUUUUACCCCUAUCUAUAUGUGACAAAUUAAGUCCACUUUCCCGGAAAUGAAAUUACCCAACUCGAGCGCAGUGCGCCUCUUUGAUGUGGCGCUCAUGGUGGUGCUGUUCCCCUUCGUUGGAACCAUCCACGCCGACUAUUGGCAGCAUAAAAAUGCGGAUAGUGCACAGAUAGACGGCCCCAGCUGCCCUACCGGAACGACUUGCGUGCGCCCUUUGCGGUGCGACGCGAUAAUGCAACUCUACUGGAAGAACCUGACAUUGGCCAUGGAAAUGGGACCCAACUGGGAGAUUGGUUCCCCCCUAGCAGCCCUCCCAUCGCCCUUGGACGUAGCUUUUCAGCGGUGCUGGAUUUUCACCGAAGCCAGUGGCCGAAGUCAUCACGAAGGCGUCUGCUGCCAGCUGGAGGAACCACGCGAGCUUCGACCAAGCGACGUGGGCUAUGUGGAAAAUAACGCGCUUCUGAUGUUCGAUCCGGAUGAUGACGUGGAGAAGGAGGACGACGAAAGCCAGGGGCAGGUCACGGAGGAUGAACAACAGCAGCAGCUGAGUAACGACAUCGAACAGGACUGGCGCAAAAGUAACAUUCGGAAGAGCUCGAUUCCGGAUUACGAGCGGUUAAUCGGUCUGUCAUCCAACGAAUCACACAUCCGAACAAAACGCUGCCUCAUCGGUCCGGAAUGCACGGUCAAGGACCAUCGCUAUCGACGAUUCAACGGUCGUUGCAACAACAUUCACCCCGGCAGAUCUCUCUGGGGCUCAGCCGGCUACCCUAUGGAACGACUUCUGCCUCCAGCGUACAACAAUGGAGUUUCUUCCUCCCGGAUGCUCUCCAACGAUGGCCGAUACUUGCCUAGUUCUCGAGUCGUAUCGGACAACAUGUUCAGCGAUCUGCACAUUCCGCACCGUAGACACAACGUGCUGAUGAUGCAGUUGGGACAGUUUCUGGUUCACGACAUCAGCCGCAAUAAAGCUACCCCGAUCAAUUCCAAGUGUUGUCUACCAGACAACAGCCACCGCAACCCUCAUCCACAUCCGGCUUGCUCUCCGAUCCGGGUGUCAUCCAAAGACUCGUUCUACUCACAGUUUAACGUGAAAUGCUUGAACUUCGUACGGACGGUUAUGGCUCCGCUUAAUCAAUGUCACGUUGGCCACGGCAGACAAAUCUCCGAGGUAACGCACUUCAUCGACGGUUCCAUGAUCUACGGAAGCUCCAAACAGGAAGCGGAUGAACUUCGCGCUCAUCAGGGUGGUCGGCUGAAAUCGCUUCAACAUCGACAAUCGCUCAACGAGCUGCCUCCACUGGAUGCACCCUAUGUGUGUACCUCGGCAGCGAAGGCUUGCUUCAAGGCAGGAGACACUAGAGUGAAUCAAGUCCUGACGCUAGUUGGCUUCCAUACGCUGUUCUUGCGAGAGCACAACCGAAUCGCCAGAAAACUGGAGAAGAUCAAUCCACACUGGUCUGACGACAUCCUAUUCCACGAAACUCGCCGCAUCGUAGCGGCUGAAUUCCAGCACAUCAUCUACAACGAAUACUUGCCGAAAGUGGUGGGACCGGACUUCAUGGAGAUGUACGACCUCCACACUUCCCAAGGCUACAGCAAUUUCUACAAUCCGGAGAAGAAUCCCGCUCUGACGAGUGAGUUUACAACGGCGGCAUUCCGAUUCGGACAUUCUACCGUUCCGGGACAAUUCGAACUCCCACAUGGAGUUAUCAACACCCAUGAGACGUUUUUCAAUCCGUCCGCCAUCACGGAGCCCAAGUUUUUCGACGAACUAUUUCACGGCAUAAUGCAACAGCCGAUGCAGAAAGUGGACGACAUGUUCACGCACAGUUUGACACGGUUACUCAAUCCGGAGGAAGGAAAACCCUACGGACUAGAUCUGGCCGCCAUCAAUAUCCAGCGCGGUAAGGAUCAUGCUAUUCGCCCGUACAACUACUACUUGCAGCUCAGCGGACGGGAAGUAAUGCGUAGCUUUGCGGACUUCGGACCGGUUCAUGGCCCCAAACUGGCCAGUCUCUAUUCGGCUCCGGACGACGUCGAUCUUUACGUAGGCGGAAUCCUGGAACAACCCGUUUCCGGCGGAGUGGUUGGACAAACGUUUGCCGAAAUCAUUAGCGAUCAGUUUGCGCGGUUGAAGCAGGGUGAUCGGUACUUCUACAGCAAUGGACGGCUCAGUAAUCCAGGCCACUUUACGAAGCCGCAACUGCAGGAGCUGCAGAAGACGACCAUGGCCGGAAUUAUUUGCGCGAACGUCAACGAUAAGAACAGCUUCGAGGUGGCGCUGGAAGCUCUAAAUCUGCCGCAUGCUAACAAGAAUCCCCUGGUUUCGUGUCGGUCAGCCAAGAUUCCCCAUUUGAACCUGAAGUGGUGGAGAGAUUGAUUGAGGUCAAUAGAACGAUUGACCUAUUUAAAGUGUUGUUAUAUUGUUGAAAUAUAUGUAUUUGUUUUAGUGCAUGUUAUGUCAAUUAUUUAAUAAAAGCAGAUUUUGCUUUAUUUUGUUUAUUUUGAA